AUGGCCAAAAAGAAGUUGAGAGCCGGAGAGGUACGUCGCCCGGCCGGAGGAGCCACCACAGCAGGAGCCGCAGCUUCGAACGGAUCAGCCAACGGAGCUACCGCGUCCGGUACCACCUCACGAUCUGUGUCCGGAGAGAGUAGCGGAGCCGCUGGAGCCACUCCUCAUGCUCCUCCGAGAGCCCGCAACCGCCCACGAGCCGGGCAGAUCAACACCUCUGUUAAAAUGACCUCUAGCACAUCCAAUUCGCCCACCACAAGCGUUCCGUCUUCUCCGAAGACCCCCAGAUCACCUAGAACGUCCGUUCCUUCUUCUCCACAGGUGGCCCAGUCUCCCAAAGUGCCCCAGUCUCCUCGAAUCGUUUCUUCUUCUCGACCGGGAUCCGCUGGUUCGCCAGUCUCUGUCAAAACCAGUUCAAAAGCUGUAAAAACAGAGGCAACUAAACAGCCAGCUACUCGAAAAGUGGAGGCCGUGGUUAUCGAUUCGUCUGACUCCGAAGACGAGUUUCACGACACAGAGGCUGUGGUAAUCGAUUCCGACGACAAUGACGACUACGACGCUGUCAUCGAGACCGUCAGCCAGCCCGUGCUGUCUAAGGCCAAGGUGGUGCGAAAGAAGGAGCCCGAGGUGGCCACUACGACCCAGACAGCCCAGAAGGCCGUAUCCGGAAUUCCCCAGAUCAAAAUCUACUCUCCUCACAACACUCAGUCGGAAUUCAAGCCCAGUGAAGACGAGGACGACGAGGACGAAGAGAUCUCUAUGGGGGACAACAAAAUCGAGUUUGGUAAGGAGCUCACCAAGGAUAUCAGCAACAAGACGGACGCUGCUGCUGCUUCAGUUGGCGCGCCAAUCCCCUCGCCAGUGGCUUUCACUCCUCCUCCUCCUGUGAACUUCACUCCCCCUCCCGCAAGCCCUCCUGUGGUGGUUGAUCUGGACGACGACGACGGAGAAGUGAGAUACAAGGAUCGGUUCAAAAAGAGAGCCGCCGAUACAAAGCCCGCAGCUGGUUCUACACCAAAGCCCGAGGAGGAGGUCAUUGAUCUUGAUGAAGAGUCUUCCCAAUCCCCCACAAUCACUCCAGGUGCAUUCCCUACCCCUGGGGCCUUCCCCUCAUCUGCACCAAAGACAAAGAAAGAGCCUGUCAAAGAGGUCAAGAAACCUGUCCAGGAGAAAAAGAUUGAGGCAAACGAGCCUGCCAGGGACGAAGCCGAGUCAAAGAAGACCAAGUCAAAGAAGGACACCUUGCCAGAGACUUCUGCAAUCACAGAAAGCGUUGCCGCAGGUGUGGCCGCUUCUGUGAGUGCUACAGCUGCUGCUUCCGAAAUGGCUUCCGAUCAUACUCCUCUGCAAGAAACUCCUUCUACACCUACCAAGGCUGGUGACGCUAAUUCAACUGCUGCCAUCGACAUUGCAUCUGGCUCUCCUGUGACGUCACCCAAUGGUUCGCCUCUCAAGGGUAUUCUCAAACAGCCCAAGCAUGCCAAGAAGCCGUCCAUUCGAGCCACUCACACUACCAUCACGGAACCAAUUCCCGAUGACUCGCUUCUCUUCUCCGUCUGCAUUGUGGGAUUUCACCAUUCUCUGGGACCCCAGAUCGAGGAAUGGUUUGGCCCCGAGGACUACUCUCAUCUGUGGCCAAACCUACCUUUCCAGGCUCUCAGUGAUGGAUCCCAUUCUCGGGAAGAGGACUUUUCAUACUUCACUCUUCUGUUUGAUGAGAACAACAAGAGCGCUCCUGGAGCUGGUGGGUACUCCGAUGGACGUCCUUUCAAUACCCAGACCGUUACAACGCUGUUUGGUAUCGCCUGUAACCGUCAGGUUGGCGUGACCGAUGCUCUGAAGCAGGAUUUGGCUGUGACUCGAAGUACUGUUCAGAAGUGUGUUGUGGUUAUAUGCCGAAAGCCCAUCUGGGGCCCCAUGAAGGACAAGCUGGCUGUGGUGACACGUGCAUUCUUUAUGCAGCCCACUUUUGACGAUAAGUCCAUCAUUCGAAGCUUGUUUGACUCGCUGGCACACACAUUAACGCUGUCCAAGUUCAACUCAGACACUUCUUCUGACGUGUCCAUCGGCAUGUCGCUCUGUGAGCUGGUUUCACGUCUCAAGCAGAAGCUGGUGGUGGUAUUUAAGGCCCUGUUGCUCGAGAAACGAGUGCUUUUCUACGCUUCUUCAACUGAGCUGCUCUGUACUUCACAGUUCUCUCUGGUUUCCCUUAUUCCUAAUCUCAUCAACAACCUGCAAGAUUGCGGAUCUCCCUUGCUGCAUUCAUACGAGCUCGGACUCACUCGUGCAACCUCACUUAAAACCUCUGAUCGGCAGUCUCUGCUCAACUUUAUGGGACUGCCUCUGAUGGUCUUUGGAGAGGGUGGUAUGUUCUCUCCCUACAUUCCUCUGCAGCAGCUUGGCGACCUCGCUCUGGCUAGAUACUACCUGGUUGGAAGCACAAACUCACUCCUGUUGCAACAGAAGAAACAGCAUGCCGAUGUGCUUGUAAAUAUGGACGACAACACCGUCGAGAUUCUCAACUCGUCGUUGAAGUCGCCGCUAUCCUUGUCGUCGUACGAUAAGAAGUGGAUCGAACGAGUCGUGCAGGCUGUCGACACUUCGUCUGGAAACUCUGCAGCCACCACAUUCCAUGGCAAUGAGGACUAUGUCAGACUCCAGUUUGAAGACUACCUCAUGGGUCUUCUUUCUGCCGUCAAGUACGACAAUUUCCUUUCUUCCCAUGGCUCGGCUCCUCCACCAGAGAUGCUUCUUAAGGAAGUCCAUGGCAACCCUGUCAAGCACUUUUCUCUGGACUGGGUCAACUGCUGGCGAAAGACCCUCAAUUACGAGUUGUUCAAUAACUUCACCGAUGGGGAGCUCUUUGACAUUGUCGAGCCUAGACACAUGGCCGACGCUGGCGUCACUGAGAAGCAGAAGUCGCCUUUCAGUGAGGUUGGCAAAGCCUGGGCUGGCUUGUUCAGUAAGAACGGUUCCAACACUGCUAUUGACAAGACAAGUGGCAGCAGUUCCGGUGACAAGGAGAAGUCUGUCUCUCCUACAACUUCCUCAGUGUCUCCUUCGGUGGCUACUACUGUCGCUGCUGGCCACGGCACUUCUGCCAACGAGACUGCAUCUCUGCCUUCAGACACUUCUGUGAAGACACAUCGAUCAUCUGACUCCACUUGGUCCAUGCAACAGAAGUCCACAUCAUGGUUCAGCCGAUUCUCAGCUGCCCCCAAGGACGACACUGAGUCUAGCGAGCCUCUCACACCCCCUCCUCCUGUUUCUGAACGACCCAAGGCACAUUCCGAGACCUCUGUCAGUGGUUGGGGCAAGUGGGCCGCCAGCAAGAAGAUGACCUUGUUUGGCGAUGCGAAUGGCGAUGCCGAGAAGGAGAAGCCGCAAGACAAGACAGAAGACAAGGCAGAAGACAAGAAGGAGAAUGAGAAAGAUGGGGACACAAAAGAGACUUCAGAGGACAAAUCUGACGGUGCUGAGACGGUCAAGGCUGCUGAGCCUGAGGAAAUAGAGAUGCAUUUUGAGGAUUCUCCCAUCAAGAAAAAGGAGAACAUUUCUGCAGCGACGUCUCCCACAAAAUCAGUCAAGGAACGGGCUGCGAUGUUCCAAUAG